AUGCCACGUCCUCUUUUCUACUCUUUGAAAUGUGGCGACUCUAUAUUCCCCACCCCUCGAACAGGCGCAUCAGAAAACUUGAGCUGCCCUGAAAACUGGUUGUACGUUCAGAAAAUCUGCUAUGGAGUCUUCGACGCACGAGUCUCGUGGGAAGAUGCAGAAAACAACUGCCAGAAAUAUGGCCCCAACGCCCAUCUCUCCUCCAUCCUCACCGAGACGGAGGCGGCUCUGAUCAGCCGCUACAUCCUGGACAAGCAUCCCGGUUCCGAAGGAAUCUGGAUCGGACUCCACGACCCAUUUCGGAGUGGAAAGUGGAGAUGGGCAGAUUCCUCCACAGUCUUUUUCUCACCUUGGAUUGAUUCCGCCCCACAACCUUCGUGGACCGAGUUAUGUGCCAUGCUGACAUAUGACAAAGAGUUCACAAAAUGGAAAGCUGCCCCCUGUUCGCUGAGGCUGAGGUAUAUGUGCAACUUGCCCCUGGAAUGAUGGCAGCCGUUCGUCUGGGUGCUCAACGAAUGAAGCCAAGAAACCAGCCGAGAGGGACCCCUGACCAACCAGCCCCUGGCAAGCCAGCCCCCUUCCCCUCUGCUCCCCACAGCCUAGCAGUGGUAAAGUUGUUGCGGUUGUGCUACCUAACCUCUUUACUCUGUAACUUUUGAGAA